AUGGGCAAAUUCUGGACUAACCAUCUCCUAGUGCUGUUUCUGUGGAGUUGCAUAGGUGCCCAGAAAGUGCAAUACGCAUUGCCUUUUCAGUUUACUCAUUCACUUUACAAUGUGAAAAUAUAUGAAAAUUCAGCACCAAAAACCUUUGUUGAAAGCCCAGCUAAAAUGGGCAUUUCUGUGGUGAAUAAGUCUUGGGAUAUUUGGUAUGUGAUAGAAUCUGGGGAGCAUGAGAAUAUAUUCAAAGCUGAGAAGUACAUUUUAGGUAAUUUCUGUUUCCUGCGAAUAAGGACCAAAGGAGGGAAUUCUGCCACACUUAAUAGGGAAGUAAAAGACCACUAUCUACUAACUGUAAACGCUAUCGAAAGACACACAGGUGCUGAGGUGCAAACGCAAGUGAAAGUACACGUGCUGGACACAAAUGAUCUCAGACCUCUUUUUUCACCAACUGCAUAUUCUUUUUUUGUUCCUGAAAACUCAGCCAUUAGAACAAGCAUUGGCAGAGUCUCUGCCACAGAUGCUGAUACAGGCACCAAUGGAGAGUACUAUUUCAGUUUCAAAGAUGAGUGGACUGGCAUGUUUUCCAUUCAUCCUACCAGCGGGGUCAUAACGCUGACUGGCAAGCUGGAUUACUCUGAGGUGACUCUAUAUGAGAUUGAUGUGUUGGUUGUGGACAGAGGCUUGAAGCUCUAUGGAAGCAGCAGCAGUAGCACGGCAAAGCUAAAGGUGCACAUACUGCAGGCCAAUGAACAUGCACCUGUCAUCACAGCUGUCCCUUUAACUCCAUGGAACACUACCAAGGAUCCCACUUAUGCUUUUGUGACUGUGGAGGAUAAUGACGAAGGGCUAAAUGGCGAGAUUGCCCUUUUGAGCAUUGUAGCUGGAGAUCCGCUCAAGCAAUUUAAGGCCUUCAGUAUGAGCCCUGGAAGCAAAGAAUACAAGAUAAAGGCCACAAAGGAAGUGGACUGGGAGGGUUACAGUUUUGGAUACAACCUGACCCUGCAGGCUAAGGAUAAGGGAAAUCCUCCCAAGUAUUCCUCAGCGAUAGUUGUCAGAGUGAGAUCGCCAAGUGAAUAUCUGGAGACACCUAAAUUUGAGAUGCACAUCUACAAAGUUACUCUUAGUGAAUUUGCCCCACCUCACUCCUCUGUUAUCAUGGUCAGAGCUUUACCAAAAGAUUCAAAGAUUAAAUAUGAGUUACAGUAUAAGAUGAAACAACACGAGAAUCCAUUUGUUAUUAACCCAAACACAGGGCUUAUUACCACUUCUGCACCUGUAAAAGCCGAAUGUGUCAGCCAGUAUGAAUUUGUGGUUGUUACGAGUGAUAAACGAGCUGCGGCGAAAGUAAUCGUCAAUGUAAGUGACAUGAACAACAAUGUGCCAAAGUUUCAACAGUCUAAUUAUAAAGCCAGUAUCAAUGAACAUGUCCCAAUAGGGACUAGCAUUAUAACAGUAAGUGCUACUGAUGGAGAUGAUGGAGAGAAUGGCUAUGUGACUUACAGUAUUGUCAAUACAAACAAACAACCAUUUGUGGUUGAUUGCUUCACUGGUGUUGUAAGCACUGCUGAAGAUUUAGAUUAUGAAACAAUGCAGAGUAAAUUCUCUCUAAGGGUUCGAGCCUCAGACUGGGGGUCCCCUUUCCGCCGUGAGGCAGAGGCUGUUGUUUCAAUCACGCUCACCAACCUGAAUGAUAAUGAGCCACUGUUUGAGAAUAUCGAUUGUGAUGUUACCGUGCCAAGAUCUCUUGGAGUCGGUGAGCAAAUAAUAGUGGUGUCUGCCAUUGACGCAGAUGAUCUAGGUGUAGUGCAGUACAGAAUUGACAGUGGUAAUAACAUGAAUCUCUUUGAAAUGGAUUCCAGCUCUGGGAUGCUUUCACUCAAAAAGCAGUUGAAGCAUGGUGAUGCUUUUUACAGCCUACAAAUAACUGCCAGUGAUGGAGAAAAGUCAAGUACUCCUAUGUAUUUAAAUCUAACUGUUGUCAAUGCUUUUAAACAUGUCCACUCCAAAUGUGUAGAGACUGGGGUUUUGAGAACCUUUGCAGGGUUGCUGCAUUUUGGCUCCAAACUACACAUUCAAAAAGUACCAGACGAUGAAUUUGCAGACUUCCAUUCUGUUAACCGCAAUACUCCAAGUUUUAUAGAAUCCACUCCAACUCUAAUAGAAGUUAAAGAGGACCUUCCUGUAGAGACAAGCAUAGCACACCUCAGGGCUGUUGAUUCAGACUCUGGCUUCAAUGGGAAACUAGUUUUUGUGAUCUCAGGGGGAGAUUUUGAUAGUCGCUUCACGAUUGAAUCUGACAGUGGGUGGUUGAAAGUUUACAAAUCACUUGAUAGAGAAACAACAGACCACUACACUCUUAACAUUUCAGUUUAUGACCUUGGUUACCCACAGAAGUCCUCAUCUCACAUGUUAGACAUUACAAUUUUGGAUGCCAAUGACAACAGCCCAGAGUUCUUACAGCACGAGUAUUCAGUAGAUAUAAGUGAGGACACUGAUGUGGGAACAGCCAUCAUUCAGCUUGAAGCAAGAGAUAGAGAUUUGGGGGUCAAUGGAAUAGUAAGGUACUCAUUUCUGACCAAAACAGACAAAUUUAUCAUACAUGAAGAAACAGGGUUUGUUACUGUUAAGAGUCCAUUAGACCGAGAAUCAAACCCAUCAUUUGUUUUGAAGGUGGCUGCUUAUGAUAAAGCAACUGAUGAGUCUAAAAAGGUAUCAACAGUGUUGUUGCACAUUAAUUUGGAGGAUGUGAAUGACAAUUCCCCUGUAUUUAUACCAAAACAAUACCAUGUUCGAGUGAGGGAGGACAUUCCAGUUGGAACCUUAGUCUUCUGGCUAGAAGCUCAAGAUCCUGACCUUGGACUGUCUGGACAGGUGAGAUACAGCCUAACAGAUGGAGAAGAUGUAAGCUUUCAGGUCGAUAAAGUGACAGGAGCUGUGUACCUCUCACAGACUCUUGACUUUGAGACAACACAAGUAUACAAUCUGACAGCAAAGGCCAAAGACAGAGGAAAGCCAAACUCUUUAUCCUCAUUCUGCUUUAUUCAAGUGGAGAUUGUGGAUGUUAAUGAGAACUUAUUCCACCCUUCCUUCCCAUUCUUUGUGGACUGGGGAGCUGUGAGUGAAGAUGCCCCUGUUGGGUCUUCUGUUAUUAAAGUUACUGCUUAUGAUGAAGAUAUCGGCAGGGAUGGAGAGAUCCGCUAUUCCAUACGAGACGGUUCAGGACUUGGAGUGUUCACGAUUGAGGAAGAGAGCGGCAUUAUAAGAACACAAGAGAUCCUGGACCAUGAAUCCACCAGUCACUACUGGCUGACCAUCUAUGCCACAGACCAGGGAAUUGUGCCUUUUUCUUCAUUUGUGGAAGUCUUUAUCGAGGUUCAGGAUGUCAAUGAUAAUGCGCCACUGACAACAGAGCCUGUUUACUAUCCUUCUGUGUCUGAGAACUCUCCGAAAGAUGUGUCUGUCAUCCAGAUCCAAGCAUUUGACCUCGACUCUAAAUCAAGCAAUAAUCUCUUUUACAAAAUUACCAGUGGGAAUCCACAGGGAUUUUUUGACAUAAACUCUCAGACAGGUUUGGUGACAACGACAUCACGAAAACUGGACAGAGAAAAGCAAGCCGAGCAUAUUCUUGAAAUCACUGUCUCGGAUGAUGGUUAUCCACCCAAGUCUACCAUAGUUCUUGUGAUAGUCAAAGUGUUGGAUGAAAAUGACAACAGUCCCCAGUUUCUGGAGAAGAUAUUUCAAAUCAAGCUGGUGGAACGACCAGAGGCAGUCGAAUGGGAGCCAAUUUAUCGAGUGAUUGCUUUUGACAGAGAUGAGAGCCCCUCGUCUGAUAUCUCAUACAGUAUAGAGGAGGGUGAAGAGCACAGGAAAUUCUUCAUUGAGCCCAAAACUGGAUUUGUGUUCUCCAAAGAAGCCUUUUCAGCAGGCCAGUAUCAUAUUCUCACGAUUAAAGCGUCAGACAACGGGCAGCCUUCGAAGUUGUCCAUCUGUCGGUUGCACAUUGAGUGGAUUCCAAAGCCUAAUCUGCCUAAACAACCACUGUUGUUUGAGGAGAUUUCGCUCUCAUUCUCCGUGAUGGAGAGUGAUCCUGUGGCCCAUAUGGUGGGAGUCAUCAGCACUCAGCCUCUUGACUCACCUGUAUGGUUUACAAUCAAAGGAGACAUAUACGCUAAAGAGAUGUUUCACAUCCUACAGAUGGCUUGUGACCUGAACUGUACAGCAGGUGGAAACACUUACAGCUGGUUUGAUGUGGAGAAGGCUAGUGGCACAAUCAUCAUCGCUGGAGAUCUAGAUGCUGAACGGCAGUCAAAUUACAACCUCACAGUUGAAGCAACAGAUGGAACAAGAUCCAUCAGCACUCAGGUCACAAUUCAAGUUAUAGACACAAAUGAACAUCGACCUCAAUUUGACCAAAACCACUAUGAGAUAAGUAUUCCAGAGGAGACCCUGCCUGGGAUGAAGAUACUGGAAAUAAAUGCAACAGACAGAGAUAAGAAGAAUAAAUUGUCCUACACACUGUUGAGCAGCACAGACCAUUUCAGUCUGAAGAAGUUUCGUCUUGACCCUGGGACAGGCUUUUUGUACACCACAGAAGAACUGGACCAUGAAACUAUGCACAGACAUAUCCUCACUGUAAUGGUUAGGGAUCAAGGUUUCCCUGUGAAAAGUAAUGUUUUGAGAGCGAUUAUCAAUGUGGAGGACAAUAAUGACAAUGCACCAUGGUUCACCAGCCCUCAGUACACCGUUCGUGUGUUGGAGACAGCUGCUGUUGGUUCAUCUGUGUUACAGCUCACUGCUCUGGACAAAGACAAAGGACUAAAUGCUGAAAUCCACUACAGCAUAGAUUCAGGAAAUCAUGGAAGUUCCUUCAACAUUGACCAGUCUUUGGGCAUUGUAACAGUUGCAAAGGAACUUGAUCGUGAAAACAUAGACCAAUAUGAGCUGGUGGUAAAAGCGUCAGAUAAAGGGAAACUUCCUCUCAGUGUGGUUACAUCUGUCCAGAUCACAGUUACAAUCUCGGAUAAUACCAAGCCAAAAUUCCCCUUCAAUUCAAUAUCAUUUGAGGUCAGUGAAUCUGUCCCUAUUGGGAGUUUUGUAACUCUAGUCUCAGCCUCCAGUCAAUCAACCGUCUUCUAUCAAAUCAAAGAAGGAAAUGUGAAUGGUGCAUUUGACCUCAAUCCAAACUCUGGUGCUGUCGUUACAAAGAAAAAGCUGGACUUUGAAAGCGUUUCGUCAUAUGAACUGAUCGUACAAGGUACAGACAUGGCUGAAAUGUCAAGCAGUGUCACAGUAAACAUUCAACUAAAGGAUGAAAAUGACAAUGCUCCUGUUUUUACUCAACAUAAAUUCUCUGGCUUUAUCAGCGAGUCAGCCACUGUUGGGGGUGUGGUUCUGACCUCUCUGAAUGCUCCACUUGUAGUACAUGCAACAGAUGCUGAUAGGUCAAAAAAUGGCAGACUUGUCUAUGAGAUCAUGGAGCCAUUUGCUCAUAAUUUUUUUUCCAUUGAUUCAGGGACCGGAGCUAUUCAGAGCCUCAGCAGCCUGGAUUAUGAGCAGAGAAAGGUGUUUAACUUCAGAGUACAAGUUCAUGACACUGGCACCCCAUGUUUAUUCUCAAAAAACACUGCCAAUGUGACUAUCCAUGUCAUUAAUAUCAAUGACUGUGCACCAAAAUUCAGUCAGGAUUUAUAUGAUACAACCGUUUUCCUUCCAACCUACAAAGGAGUGAGAGUGACAACAGUAAAGGCUACAGAUGAUGACUCAUUGCCAGACACCAAACUACGCUUUGCACUUGUAGAUGGCAACAUAGGAAACAAAUUCCUGAUUGAUCCAAUUUCAGGUGAUAUUUUUGUGCAAAAUGCUACACAGCUUCGCACUAGGUACAUGCUGAUAGCCAAAGUUUAUGAUGGGAGAUUUACUGGCUCUGCUACUGUGAAAGUCACUUUUAAAGAUAAAAAAGAGGACAAUCUGAGGUUCACCCAGGAAAUCUUCACAGCUUAUGUGCAGGAAAACUCAUCGGAGAGGAAAACCCUGGCAAUCAUUUCUGUAGUUGGAAAUAGAAUCAAUGAACCUUUGUUUUACUCCAUUCUCAACCCUAAUAGCCGUUUUGAAAUAGGACGCACAUCUGGAGUGCUUUUCUCCACAGGUGUCCCAUUUGAUCGUGAGGAGCAGGAUUUGUUUGACAUCUUUGUGGAGGUUGCAAAAGAGCCAAAGUUGAAUGGAACUGCUCAGGGGCUUGUGAGAGUACACAUUGAAGAUGUAAAUGAUAAUGCUCCUGUGUUUUUAGACCAGCCCUACAGUGCUAUUCUGCAGAUCGACAAAACAGUAGGUUCGGGUUUCUGGAAGGUGACUGCUGUGGACAAAGAUAUUGGCAGAAAUGCAGAGGUUACAUACUAUUUAAACAGGCAUGAUAAAUAUUUUCAGGUGAACCCCUCAGGAGAAAUAUCCAUUAAAAAACCUCUUGAGCCAGAAAGUGUCGGCAAGUUUGUCCUCAACAUUACUGCAAAAGAUGGCGGCGACCCACCUCUGUUCUCAAAAGCAGAGGUCUUUAUUUCAGUCGUGAAUAGAGCCAUGCCAGUGUUUGAAAGACCUUUUUAUAAGAUCGAAAUCCCAGAGAAUGUUCAAAUACAUACUUCCAUACUGCAGGUUGUGGCCAAUGGGUCAGCAGGACCUCGAACAGUGUACAGCAUUUGUGGGGGAAACCCUUUCAAUCAGUUCUCAAUUAACUUCAAUUCAGGAGUCAUCAAAGUCAUCCAGCCGUUGGAUUAUGAUGCUCAUCCUGCAUAUCGAUUGAGCAUCCAGGCUACAGACUCUCUAACAGGGGCUAACUCUGAUGUUUUUGUAGAUAUUAUUUUGGAAGAUGUCAAUGACAACGCACCCAAAUUUGAAGCAAGGUCAUACAACAUUAGUGUCUCUGAGUCUGUUGUAAUUGGAACUUCUGUUUUACAAGUGGUAGCCAUGGAUUCUGACUCAGGAAGCAAUGCAAUAGUGUUUUAUCAGUUGUAUGAAAAGGGUGGAACUGUCUCAGAUCACUUCAGAAUAAAUGGGGAAAGUGGAGUCAUUUGGACUGAAGGGCUGUUGGACCAUGAAUCUCAAUCACGGCAUGAUCUGAUUGUAAAAGCUGUUGACGGAGGACCAUUUCAAAUGUCUUCUGAGGUCCAAGUGACCAUAUAUGUAACUGAUCUUAAUGACAAUCCACCUGUAUUUACACAACAUCUUUAUAUUGCCACCAUGCAUGAGAUUUCUCCUCGAGGACAGUUUGUGACUUGUGUUAAAGCAUAUGAUGCUGACAGCCCUGGAACAAGUUCUCUUGAGUAUUCAAUUUUGUCUGGAAAUGACAACAACAUCUUUGCCAUUGAUGCAGCAAGUGGAGUAAUUGUGAUUGCAAACUUUAGCCAACAGUCUCUCGAGCCCUUUUAUAGCUUAAUUUUGUCCGUUACUGAUGGUGUUUUCAGAGGUAAUGCGAAGGCAAACAUCUAUGUAAUGGGUGAGAAUAACCAUGGCCCAUCAUUUACUCAAGAUGAGUAUCUUGUAGAACUUGAGGAGAACUCUCCAAUUGGUACAUUGGUUAUACAAGUAACAGCCAUUGACGAGGACCUGGGGAUGUAUGGCCAGUUGACAUUCAUCAUUGUAAAUGAUAUUGCUAGAGAUAAAUUUACCAUCAAUGCUGAUGGGCAGAUUCACACUGCUGAGAGCUUUGACCGAGAAAAUCGAGGAGAAGAAACAAUCUACAUCAAUUUAAUGGCUAAAGAUGGUGGUGGCAAAUUGGGAUUUUGCACUAUUGUUGUAAAUCUGUCUGAUGUGAAUGAUAAUUCACCCAUGUUCACACUUUCAGAAUAUAAAUCUACUGUGCCUGGAGAUGCUCUCAAAGGCACAACAGUAAUCAAAAUAUCAGCAGUAGAUGAAGACGAGGGCAGUAAUGCUGAUAUAAUUUAUACUAUCGACUCUGAUAUAAGGCACUUUGAAAUUGACUUCCUUAGUGGUGUGAUUGUCACAAAGGAAAGUCUAAAUGGUCUGGAAAAUGGCCUGUAUUCCUUCUUUGUGAAGGCUAAAGAUUCUGGUAACCCUCCAAAGCAAUCUAUUAUUCCUGUUUCAAUUAGAAUACUUCUUGCAGGAACAUCAAUCCCAAAGCUUGCUGAACCAUUGCUUGGGCUUGAACUUUCUGAAGACCUGCCUGUAGGAAAUGAGAUUGAUAUAUUCCAAGCCAUGGAUGAGCAGUCUGUAAUCUAUAGUCUUGUUGCGGGGAACACCCCAGAGAGUAACAAAGAUGAUGUCUUUGCCAUUGACAGCAACACUGGAAAGCUUAGACUCACCAAACGGCUUGAUUAUGAAAAUACCAAAAGUUAUCAGCUCACAGUACAGGUCCAGCAUGUUGAAAAUGGGAUGGAAAUGGUCUCAACUAUGGAUUUGAGUAUUUGGCUCAAGGAUGUCAAUGACAACAGCCCUCAAUUUGAGUCCUUCCCCUACCAGUCUUAUAUUGUUGAAAACCUACCAAAAGGGACUUCUGUAGUGCAGCUCAGGGCCACAGAUUUGGAUUCUUGGCUGAACGGUCAGGUCACUUAUAGUCUGCAUGAAAAUCAGGAGAACCCUGACAUUCUAGAGAUGUUUGCAGUGGACAGUGAAACAGGCUGGAUAACCACUCAUAAAGAGAUUGAUAGAGAAAAGAGAGACCGAUACAGAAUCAGAGUGGUGGCCACAGACAGAGCCCAGGGGCUACAGAUGACAGGCACUACUGUCGUUGAAGUGACAGUUGUGGACACAAAUGACAACCCUUCAUUAUUUACUGAAGCAUUAUUUAAAGGCACUGUGCGAGAAGAUGAAUCAACACCAGGAACUGUUGUAACAGUUCUAAGCUCCACUGACUCUGAUAGUGAGGAGGUCAACAGGAGGUUCAGCUGCUUUAUCACAGGUGGAGACCCUCAGGGCCUGUUUGAUGUGAAGUAUACAGAUGGUGUCUGGGCAGUCGUUGUCAGGAAAACUCUGGACAGGGAGGAGAGCGAUUUCUAUCUUUUAAACAUCACAGCCACCGAUGGAAUCUUUGUGACAAAAGCUGCCAUAGAGAUUACUGUCCUUGAUGCAAAUGACAACAGUCCUGUUUUUGACAUGGAUGUGUAUGCUCAAACUGUUCCUGAAGAUGUACCUGUUGGAAAACAAAUUCUUCAAGUGUCAGCCGCUGAUGCAGAUAUCCAGUCAAAUGCAGAAAUCACAUACCAGCUGAGUGGUAGUGGUGCUGAAUCAUUCAAAAUUGAUUCCAAAACAGGUGCUGUGAGUACACUGGUAGCCCUGGACAGAGAGAUGACUGAUAUGUACAACCUAACUGUGCAUGCAUUGGAUGGAGGAAAUCGCUUCUGCAAAACUGCUGUGGUCAUUGUGGUCGAUGAUAGUAAUGACAAUGCCCCCAAAUUCACAUCUGACCCACAUCAUGUGAGCAUUUUUGAGAAUACGCAACCCGGGACAUUCGUGGCACGACUAGAGGCCUUCGAUGCAGACACCGGGAUGAACGGUAAAAUACAUUACUCAUUUGAAGACUCUGCUGGAGGUCUGUUCUUUAUUGAGGAGAGCUCAGGGAUAAUCAGUUUAAAAAGAUCCUUGGACAGACAGACCAAAGCCACACAUGUACUGAGGGUGCGUGCCACAGACCAGGGCUCUCCGCAUAGACUCUCCUCACUGUGCUCUGUGGUUGUGACUGUACUGGAUGCAAAUGACUAUCCACCGGCGUUUGAGCACAGAGACUACGUUUCCACAGUCCCUGAGGAUGUUGCGAUAGGUACUAAGCUUCUGACUGUUUUUGCUGCAAGUAGGGAUUGGGAAAUUACUUCCCAGACAACCUACUCUAUCACCAACGGCAACAAGCAAGGAGCUUUCAGCAUUGGCACACAGUCAGGGGACAUCUUUGUGAUCAAGCCACUGGACUAUGAGGUUUCUCCACAGCAUUACCUGACAGUGAAGGCCACCGCCAGAGGGAAACAGUCCUUCAGUGAUACAGCUACUGUUACUGUACACCUCCUUGACAUUAAUGACAACAGCCCUGAGUUUAGCCAGAACGUCUACUCGGCAGUAAUUAGGGAGGACAGCAGGCCAGGGAGCAUAGUGCUGACAGUACUAGCAAGUGAUUUUGAUGGACCUUUAAACAACCAAAUCUACUACUCCAUUACGGACAACAACCAGACUUGCCCAUUCAUCAUGGACACAGGCAGUGGUGAACUGAAAGUUGCCCAUCAAUUGGACAGAGAAAAGGUAGCGGGGUACACUCUGACAGUGCUGGCCUCUGACAAUGGAAUUCCCCCCAAAUCCAGCAGUGCUGCAAUCAACAUGGUCGUGUCUGAUGUGAAUGAUAAUCCCCCUGCCUUCUCUCAGGCUAACUACAGUAUCAUCAUCCAGGAGAAUCUGCCCUCAGGUGUCAGUGUGCUACACCUGAAUGUGACAGACAAUGAUUCCCUCCAAAAUGGGCCUCCUUUCUCCUUUAGUUUUCUGAGGGGUGAUGAGAGAAACACCUUCAGUAUUGACCAGCAGGGUGUGAUCAGGACUGCAGUACCAUUGAGAAAGGGCCAGCACAUACUGCAAGUGCAGGUGUCUGACAAUGGCUGGCCCCCACUGAAAUCAACUACAUCUGUCAGUGUGCUUGUAGUACAAUCAAGUUUGUAUCCCCCAUCUGUGCAUUCCCUGGAUGUUUUUAUCACAAUCUUAGAGGAUGAGUACUCAGGAGGCAUGCUGGGAAGAGUCCAAGCCACAGAUCAAGAUGAAUAUGACACACUCACGUUCAGUCUGGAGCCUCAGUCAAACAGCUUGUUUACUGUGGUUGCCACGGAUGGCAGAUUGCUGGCCCUCGAAAGCCUGGAUGUUGGUCAUUACCAGCUCAAUGUCUCAGUCAGUGAUGGCCAUUUCUCAGCCUCAGCCAAUGUCACAGUGCAUGUGCAGCAGGUCACCCAGCAGAUGCUGAACAAUUCUAUGUCUGUACGCUUCACUGACAUCACCGCAGAGGAUUUUAUCCAGAACCACUGGAGAAACUUCCAAAGAGCGGUCCGCAGUGUUGCGGGGGUCCGUAGAGGCGACAUGCAGCUGAUCAGUCUGCAGACUGAAGAAAUCAGUGGCAGUCUGGAUGUUCUUCUGUUCUUUGAGAGAUCCGGAAAAGGUGCCAGCUCACUAGAAGCCCUCUUUCAGAAGAUCAACUCUUCCUGGGAAGCUAUCAGAGAGAUUACAGGACUACAUGUAGAGAGGGUUUUAAACAGCCAGUGCUCAAGCUUUAAGUGCCCUGGUAACAUGUGCAGGCGAGUGGUUUUGCUGGACCAGACCAGCAUGUCUACAUUCAGCACUGCCUUAGUGAGCUAUGUCACACCUAGACACCACAUUACAGCCAAAUGUCUGUGCAAAGAUGGAAAAUGCCCAAAUCUCAAAAAGGGCUGUGUGAACAAUCCAUGUCCAGAGGGAUAUGAGUGUUUGUCAGGCAUCACAGAAGACAAGCACAAAUGCAUAUGCACGGAUGGUACCAAAGGCAAAUGCUCAGGAGGAACUUCAAUGACAUUUAAUGAGAGCAGCUUCAUUAAAUAUGGCCUGAGAGAAAGCACUAGAGAAGUGAAGCUGACGCUUUGGUUGAAAACUCUCUCAAGAGUAGGAACAGUCAUGUUUGCCAGAGGAAAAGGCCACAGCAUUUUAGAGAUAGCGGGAGGCAGACUGCAGUUCCAGUUUGACUGUGGCUGGGGUCUCGCUACAGUUUCUGUACACAGUGUCCUGGUGAAUGACGGACAGUGGCACAUGGCAGAGCUUGAGGUGAAGGGUAACCAUGCCAGGUUGGUCCUUGAUCAGCUCCAUUCUGCAUCGGGCAUUGUGCCCGGCCCUCUUCACUGCCUUAACCUGGGUGACCAGGUGGUCCUGGGUGGACACACUCACCAUUCCAGACGCAAUCUGCCUGUAUCAAAGAGCCUACAGGGCUGCAUGGAUUCAGUCGUGUUAAACGGACAGAGACUCUCCUUGGACUCAAAUGGUUUAUCAGGGGUUGCCAUUGAGGACAUGGUUGGAGUGUCUCCUGGCUGUGUCUUCUUCCAAUCAUCUCCAGACUGUUCCAGCAAUCCCUGCCUCAAUGGAGGGAGCUGCUUAAUGAGGCAGAAUGGAGGUUAUUCCUGUAAAUGCAGAACUUUAUAUACUGGGACUCACUGUGAGGUCAAUAUAAGUCCUUGUGACUCCAAUCCCUGCCUGUAUGGAGGAACCUGCAUUCAAAAUAACCUGGAUUACAACUGUAAAUGUAGAGGCCAGUUCUCAGGUCAAAGGUGUCAGAUAGGACCAUUCUGCAAAGAGAACCCAUGCCGUAAUGGUGGGAAGUGUAUAGACAGUCUUGAUGGACCCAUCUGUGAGUGUGAGCCAGGAUUCAAAGGAGAAAGGUGCAUGAUUGAUUUAGAUGAGUGUGUGGACAGGCCUUGCUUUAAUGAUGGCCGUUGUGUCAACACGCAUGGAUCCUUUAACUGCUCCUGCUCGGUGGGCUUCACUGGGAGACUGUGUGAGGUGGACACAGAAGUCAGGAACCAAUUUGUGACAUCGUCUUGGAAUUCUUGGCUUGGAGAGCUGGUUGGAAUGCUGGCCAUCCUGACAGCCAUCUUUGUAUUGGCACUUCUUUUCUUAAUAGUGUGGAAUGGCACGUGCAAGCCCCGGGAGAAGGAUAAAGACCCUGACAAGUACAAUGCUGUUGAUUCUUAUAUUCAGAGGUCCAAUGUAUACAGCCAGGCCCAAAAAGGCUCCUGUGUGGUUGCUCCACCACAAGUCCCUGUACAACUCAUCUCCUACACACCCAGCAUUCCUGGAGAAACCCGAAACAACCGAUGCUCCAUUCCUGAGAUUUCAGGCUUUACACCAGAUCCACUCUUUGGUCUUCGGAAGACUGUAGCUGUGUGUAGUGUAGCUCCUAACUUACCCCACUACAAAGCUUCCCAUUCUUUAUCUGAAAAUGAUUCCAUACAGCAAACAGACUGGGAGGAGGAGUAUGAUGAAAAAGCCUUUUUAGCAAUGGACGACAGUGUUUCUCAUGAUGAUAGAGGACUUCGGUCGGUGCGCUCUCAAUCAGAAUUCAUGGAUGACAACAGCUAUCACUGGGACACCUCAGAUUGGAUGCACAAUGUUUACUCUCUUGGAGCCCAAGGUUUUCUCCAGUAUGAAUUUGUGCAAAUGCACACCACACCAGACUUUCUUGACAUGGAGUAUCUUUCUGGAGGCGAUGAUAUUGAGAACUUCCUGCCAAUUCCAGAUAAUCCUCUUCAUGAUGAAGGGCCUACAGUUCCAGAGUACGUUGAGCAUUAUGUCAGGCCAGAGGUUGACCAAGUCAUCCACCCAACAGCAAGGCCAAACUCCAUGCCCUUCACUCAACACCAUAGCUGUGACUACUCACAUGAAACAACCAUUGAAAUGCCUCAAGGCACACCAUUAGCACCUGUUGAAUUUCGGGCAGGAACACCUGAUUCCUCAAAAAGUCCUGUGUGAGAACCCAGGCACCCUGCACAUUUCAAAACUCUAUCCCACAGGUAUGCCAGCCAGUGGUUAGAAAUGACAGUGAAAUACAUGAUUAAGCCUAGGCUGGUACCAUCACCACAGACUGUGGGGGGUUUUUGUGCUCCUAUUUGAAACCAAAAUUAGUUUCUCAUGCAGCACCAUCUGUCUUAAUUCCUCAUGUCAACACUCAUAUGGUAAAAUAUGUCACUCUAACAUGCCAUUCUAGAUUGACUAGAAAGGUGCACUCAGUUAUACUUUGAUUUAUAUUGCACUAGCUGACAUGACAGUGGUCUUCUUCUGACACCUAUUAAUGUGAAUGUUUCUGUAAAAAUUUUAGAUGUGUGCUAUUCACAGUCAGCCAUGAUUAAUUUAUUUAACGAGAAAAGGUUUGCAAAAAAAGGGGAGAUGAAGUGAACAAUAUAUAGCUGGUUGUAUGAGAUUAAUAUGUCAGCCUUAAAGGAA